AUGGCCCCGAAGCCGAAGAAGCUCCGGCUUUUGGGCUUCGCCCACUUCGAGUCGCGCAUGAUCGCCUGGCAGUCGAAGCGCCUGAGGGCCCUCCGGCGGAGCCAGUCUAAACUGAAGCAUCUUGUUGCAGCUUGCGACUCUUGCUUCCGCGACGAGCUGCAGGAACUGAAGCGUCGCCGUGACUUUCUGACGGAGCUUGGCAUUGCGACGUCAGAGAUGGAAGAGCUCAAGAAGAGCGUGGGAAAGAUCCGGGCUUUGUCACCAUCGGCUGGAUCUCGUGUGGCACAUGGACUGCAGCCCGUGGUGGAUCUCGACCAGCUGCAAGCUCUCAUCCUCCGCUUGGGAGGGGCGCAGGUCCGACAGGAUCAAGAUGAGCUGCGCUGGGCCUGGUACCAGAAAAAAAGGGCGAGGAGUCUGAGUCGCCCUUCGAAGUAG